AGGGAAAUGGGCGUGGUCUCACUGAAGCGCGGGAAGUGCAGAUUUUCGCCGCGGUGGUGGCUGUGUGACUAUGACCCUGGAACAGGAGCUUCGCCAGCUAAGCAAGGCCAAGGCCAGGGCCCAGAGGUAUGGGCAGCUGCGCGAGGAGGCGGUCUACUGCCACCAGCUGGGGGAGCUGCUGGCUAGCCACGGCCGCUUCAUGGAAGCUUUGGAGGAGCACAAGCAGGAGCUACAUCUGCUAGAGAGCGUCCAGGACACCCUAGGCUGCGCUGUGGCUCACCGCAAGAUCGGAGAGCGGUUGGCUGAGAUGGAGAAUUACCCUGCUGCUCUGAAGCACCAGCAUCUCUACCUGGACUUGGCUGGGUCCCUCUCCAACCACAUCGAGCUGCAGAGAGCCUGGGCCACCAUUGGCCGCACCCAUCUAGAGGUAUAUGAUCACUGCCACUCAAGAGAUGCCUUGCUGCAGGCACAGGCUGCCUUUGAGAAGAGCUUGGCCAUUGUGGAUGAGAAACUAGAGGGGACGCUGACGCAGCGAGAACUGAGUGAGAUGAGGACUCGACUCUACCUCAACCUGGGCCUCACCUUUGACAGUCUGCAGCAGACAGCCCUGUGUAACAACUACUUCAAAAAGAGCAUCUUUCUUGCUGAGCAGAACCAUCUCUCUGAAGAUCUGUUCCGUGCCCAAUACAACCUGGGUGCCAUCCACUGGCGCGGAGGACAGCACUCUCAGGCCAUGCGCUGUCUGGAGGGGGCCCGGGAGUGUGCACGCACCAUGAAGAUGAGAUUCAUGGAGAGUGAAUGCUGCGUGCUGCUGUCCCAGGUGCUCCAAGAUCUGGGGGACUUUCUGGCUGCCAAGCGAGCCCUGAAGAAGGCCUAUAGGUUAGGCUCCCAGAAGCCUGACCAGAGAGUGGCUGUCUGUCAGAGCCUCAAGUAUGUAUUGGCAGUGAUCCAGCUGCAGCAGCAGCUGGAAGAGGCUGAGGCCAGUGAUCCUCACCGUGCCAUGGCUGUCUGUGAACAGUUGGGAGACCUUUUCUCCAAGGCGGGUGACUUUCCCAAGGCCUCUGAGGCUUACCUGAAGCAGCUUCGCUUCGCUUCGCUGUUGCACAGGCCAGAUCUUGAGUUGGCUGUCAUCCAUGUGUCCCUGGCCACCACACUGGGGGACAUGAAGGAUCACCGAAGGGCUGUGUACCACUAUGAAGAAGAACUGAGGCUUCGCAAGGGCAAUGCCCUGGAGGAAGCUAAGACUUGGUUCAACAUUGCGCUGUCCCGUGAGGAAGCUGGCGAUGCGUAUGAACUGCUAGCUCCUUGCUUCCAGAAGGCUUUUAGCUGUGCCCAGCAGGCCCAGCGGUUCCAGCUGCAACGGCAGAUCUUGCAGCACCUCUAUACUGUGCAACUAAAGUUGCAACCCCAAGAGGCUCCUGGCACCCAAACGAGACUACAGGAACUGAGUACAGCAAAAGACACGGAGGAAGAGGAGGAGGAGGAGGAGGAGGAAGUAGAAGCCAGCGAGGCCCUGGAGACCAGUGAACUGGAGCUCUCAGAGAGCGAGGAUGAUGAUGACGGCCUGUCUCAGCAGCUGGAGGAAGAUGAGGAGCUUCGGGGCUGUGUGGGCCGGCGGAAGGUAAACAAGUGGAACCGGCGUAACGACAUGGGAGAGACCCUGCUGCACCGAGCUUGCAUCGAAGGCCAGCUGCGCCGCGUCCAGGACCUCGUGAGGCAGGGCCAUCCCCUGAAUCCCCGAGACUACUGUGGCUGGACACCUCUACAUGAAGCGUGCAACUAUGGGCAUCUUGAGAUCGUGCGCUUCCUGCUGGACCACGGAGCUGCAGUGGACGACCCAGGUGGCCAGGGUUGCGACGGCAUCACCCCCCUGCAUGACGCCCUCAAUUGUGGCCACUUCGAGGUAGCUGAACUACUCAUUGAGCGAGGGGCGUCUGUAACUCUCCGUACUAAGAAGGGCCUCAGCCCACUGGAGACACUGCAGCAGUGGGUGAAGCUGUACUUGAAGGACCUUGACCUUGAGACGAGACAGAAGGCGGCAUCCAUGGAGAGGAGGCUCCAGAUGGCCUCCUCAGGCCAAGCCCCCUGCAGCUCCCCUGCCCUCCAGACCAUUCCAAAUAACCAUCUAUUUGAUCCUGAGACCUCUCCUCCCUCAAGCCCCUGCCCAGAAUCCUCCACGUGUACCCCUAGACCUCCAGGGGCUUCCUCAGCUCCUGCCAAGGUCUUUGUGGAGAAAACUCUGUCUGCGGUAUCGAGACCUCGAAGGAGCAGGCACAGGCCAACCAGCAGCAGUAGCAGCUCAGGGGAGGAAGACAACAUUGUUUCCUGCAGGCCGUCUCAGAAAAGACUGAGACCCUCUGCUACAGCACAGCAGGAUAAAGCCCAGAUACCUGAGCCAUCCAAAAGUAGAGAGACAGCCACAUCAAAUGCUUGCCGGGCCGCUUACCAAGCAGCCAUCCGAGGCGUGGGGAGCGCCCAGAGCCUUCGCUCGGUGCCUAGCCUGCCUCGAGGCUCAGGUGAAGUCCCUGCCCCCAAGGCAGCGCUCAUUCCCGAGGAGGAAUACCUGGCUGGGGACUGGCUGGAGUUAGAUACACCUCUGACCUGCAGCAGCAGGCCCAGCACCUCAAGGUCAGACUAUGAACGAUACCCUGUCAGGCCCCAGACUCUUGCCAGGCAGAGCCGCACGACACGCCUUGAUGGUUGGUGUACACGGACUAAAGCAGGAGAUGGCAGUCUGACUGCCGAGCCUCCGGAGAACCCCAGCGUGCCUAGGACCUCGGGGCCCAGCAAGGAAAAUUGUUCAGCAGGCCAGCCUUUGCCUCUGGGCCAGCCCCCUCCCUUCCGGGUUCGAGUUCAAAUUCAGGAUAACCUUUUCCUCAUCCCUGUCCUGCACGGCAGUGACGUCUGUUCUGUGGCCUGGCUAGCAGAGCAAGCUGCCCAGCGCUACUACCAAACCUGUGGGCUACUUCCAAGGCUCACCCUGCGGAAGGACGGAGCACUGCUGGCCCCCCAGGACCCCAUCCCCCAUGUGCUGCAGAGUAAUGAUGAGGUAUUGGCUGAAGUAACUUCAUGGGACCUUCCCCCGCUGACCGACCGCUACCGCAGGGCCUGUCAGAGCCUGGGGCAAGGGGAGCACCAGCAAGUGCUGCAGGCCUUGGAGCACCAGAGUUCAAGCCCUUCGUUUAGUGCUUGUUCCCUGGCCUUGCGCCAAGCCCAGCUCACCCCCCUGCUGCGGGCCCUCAAGUUACACACAACACUCCGGGAGUUGCGCCUUUCUGGGAACCGACUGGGUGACUCAUGUGCUGCUGAGCUGCUGGCGACCCUGGCCACCAUGCCUAACCUGGUCCUCCUUGAUCUCUCUUCCAAUCACUUGGGCCAGGAAGGUCUGCGCCAGCUUGUUGAAGGCUCCUCGAGCCAGGCUGCUUUACAGAACUUGGAGGAACUGGACUUAAGCAUGAAUCCACUAGGAGAUGGCUGCGGUCAGGCUCUGGCCUCCCUUCUGCGGGCCUGCCCCAUGCUCAGUACCCUACGCCUACAGGCCUGUGGCUUCAGCCCCAGCUUCUUCCUGAGCUACCAGGUUGCCCUGGCUGGUGCCUUCCAAGAUGCUGAGCACCUGAAGACCUUGUCCUUGUCUUACAACACGCUCGGCGGCCCUGCCCUGGCAAGGGUGCUGCAGAGCUUACCUGCGUGUGCCCUCCUACGUUUGGAGCUUAGCUCGGUGACAGCCAGCAAAAGCAACUUGGGUCUCAUAGAGCCUAUUGUCAAAUACUUGACUAAGGAAGGCUGUGCUCUGGCCCACCUAACCCUGUCUGCAAACUACCUGAGUGACAAGGCUGUGAGAGAACUGAGCAGGUGUCUCCCUUGCUGCCCCUCACUUGUCUCUCUGGACCUCUCUGCCAACCCUGAGGUCAGCUGUGACAGUCUGGAGGAGCUCGUGUCUGCCCUCCAAGAGCGUCCCCAAGGCCUCAGCUUCCUUGGCCUGUCAGGCUGCUCCAUUCAGGGGCCCCUGAAGCCUGACCUCUGGGACAAGAUCCUCGUGCAGCUGCAGGAGCUGCAGUUGUGCAGCAAACACCUGAGCCCAAAGGACCGAGACGCCCUCCGGAGACUGCCAGCGGGUGCGUGCACACUGGACCAAGGUCCCAAGCUCUUCUUUAAAUGCCUCUGACCCUGGCCCUGUCGUUUCUGCCCAAAUCAAUAAAUAAUUAACUUAAUAAAGUGAGCCGCUGUCUC